AUGGGAAGCCUCCCCGAAGGAGAAUACUUAGCUCGCUCUCACCAUACUAAUUUACUUCAAUCUCUUGGUCUUAGCAAUAAUGUGAUUAAGACGACAUUGUUGAGGAGCUAUUCAAGAAGUUUUAAUGGUUUUGCUGCGAAUAUCACGCCGAGUGAAGUAUCAAAGUUGAAAAGCAUGGAAGGUGUUGCAUUUGUUUUCCAAAGUCAUGAAUAUUAUCUUCAAACCACAAGAUCUUGGGACUAUAUGGGUUUGUCCCUAGAUGUUCCUCGAAAUCUCAAAAUUGAGAGUGACAUUAUAAUUGGACAUAUCGAUUCCGGUGUAUUACCUGACAUGGAAAGUUUGGCAGACCACGGUUUAGGCAAUAUUCCUACAAAAUGGAAGGGUGUUUGUCUUGGUGGCAAGAAUUUCACUUGUAACAAGAAGCUUAUUGGAGCGAGGUACUAUGCCGGAGAUUCAGCAAUGGAUAUUUUAUAUCAUGGGACUCACACAGCCUCCACUGCAGUUGGAAGGGUUGUAAGAAAUGCCAACUUUUAUGGCAUUGCAAAUGGAACCGCUAGAGGAGGUGUUCCAUCAUCAAGGAUAGCUUCAUACAGAGCGUGUGAAAUGACUUGUACGGGUAGAGAUAUCAUGGCCGCCUUUGAUGAUGCCAUUGCAGACGGAGUUGACAUUAUCACUAUCUCAAUUGCACCUUUCCCACCUUUAAAUUUAAGUGAGGAUGCUGUUGCUAUUGGAUCAUUUCAUGCAAUGGAGAAGGGCAUACUAACUGUACAAGGUGCCGGAAACAUAAAAGUUCACAUGUUGAAAUCGGUUUUAAGCUUUGCACCCUGGGUGUUUACUGUGGGUGCUAGUACUACAGAUAGAAAAAUUAUCAACAAACUUGUUCUUGGAAAUGGCCGCAUACUCAUUAGUACUACAAUAAAUCCUUUUGAUACGGGCAACCUCAACAAGAACUUGGUGUAUGGAAAAGGAAUUAGCAGACAUUGUAACGAAUCAAGUGCAAUGCAAUGUAUGGAGGAUUGCAUAGACCCUUAUUUGGUGAAGGGAAAAAUAAUGGUAUGUGAUGUUAAUGAAUCUAAGGAAAUUCUGAGCCUAAAAGCUAUGAGUGCCGGUGCAAGUGGCGUUAUUUUUCGAAAAGGUGAUGUAGGAAAAGAUAUUGCUGAUGUUUCACCUAUGCCUACUGCAUUUUUAAAUGACCCAGAUUUUCGUUAUAUCGAGUCUUACCUCAAGUCCGAAGUAUUGCCCUCUGCUCGAAUACUAAAAAGUGAGAGUAUUAAGAGUCAAUCUCCCAUCUUGGUUUCUUUGUCUAGUAGAGGACCCAAUAUAAUUUUACCAGAAAUUUUAAAGCCUGAUGUAGUUGCACCGGGCAUAACUAUCCUGGCAGAAAGUCCUACAGAGAAUCUUAUAUCUAUGGGAAUACCCGGUGCAAAGUACAACAUCCAUUCUGGAACUUCUAUGGCAUGUCCCCAUGUUACUGGAGCAGCUUCUUUUGUAAAAUCAAAACACCCCGAUUGGUCUAUUUCAGCUAUUAAAUCAUCUCUCAUGACUACCGCUUGGAACAUGAAUAAUAAAUACAACCCAGAUGCUGAACUUGGUCAUGGAGCAGGACACAUUGAUCCAUUGAAGGCGGUAUAUCCUGGACUCGUAUAUGAGACCUCAAUUGAUGAAUAUUUCAACUUGUUUUGUACCUUAGGUUCUGAAGGAGAAAAAUUGAGAAAAAUGUUUGGAUCGAAGCAAACGUGUCCAAAGGGGAUUAGAUUGUCUGCAAAGGAUCUCAACUACCCAACAAUGACGGCACCGGUGACUAAAAACUCGUCUUUCAAUAUUCAAUUUUCAAGAGUAGUGACAAAUGUUGGAUGUGUAAACUCCACUUAUCACGCACAAGUUAGUAAAGGGGACAACGGGAUCUCUAUCAAUGUGGAACCGAGUAUUCUCUCUUUUAUUACUUUAAAUGAGAGGAAAAACUUUGUUGUGACUGUCACCGGACAAUGGCUCAACCAAGAUCAUCUUUCUUAUUCCUUGGUAUGGUUUGAUGGCACUCAUUCGGUUAGAAGUCCCAUUAUCUUGUAUCAAUCAUCUAUCCUAUGA